AUGUUACCUGCCUGUCUAAAAGCGCAGCUGGUGUUAUGCCUGGCAAAAAUGUCACGAGGACGGAGAGACGCCUCAAUGGCCAGCCUUGGCGCAAGUCUGGGCUCUAGGAUGGCUCUACAAUUUGGUAUUAGUAGGUUAUGGAGUAGCACACGACUGCCGCAAACAUCCAAUACGCUCUAG